AUGGAAAUAGAACUGUACAAACUGAAUCGAAUUCUUAAUUGCAAUGAAUUCAGAAAAACAGGAACUACUAGUUGCUCCCAUUCGUUUUCUUCAAGAGUGAAAAAGGAUAUUAAAACUAGCAACAUAGCGAUUAAAACUUUCAUACAAACUAUUCACUAUUCACAAAGGAUCAUUAAAAUUCCUCCCCAUUCUAGACAUAAUCUUACGUUCAAAGAAAAAGAAGCUCUCAAAGAUCUUCAGCAAGAUUCAACUAUUGUUAUUCGCCCCGCUGACAAGGGGGGCGCAAUUGUAAUUCAAGCAUAUCAUCAGUAUAAAAAAGAAAUCAUGAGACAAUUACAAGACGCAAAGACGUAUAAGAAAUUUACAUUUGACCCGGUUAAGAAAUUUCAACAAAGGAUUAACCAGCUUAUCGAAAUUGGUCUUCAGGGGAGUUAUAUUGAUUCUAACACGGCAAAAUAUUUACAAGUGGAAUUUCCUAUCCACCCGGUAUUGUACACAAUACCAAAAAUUCAUAAAUCUGCACAGGAACCUCCAGGACGCCCUAUAGUAUCGGCUCGAGGAGGGCUCCUUGAGCCCAUAGCUAA